UAUUUUUGCAUCUGCAAUCUCUCUGAAGUGGCUUUGCUGAGUUUGCACCCAUGACUGCCCGUUGAUGUUAGCUUUCAAGAGCAUUUUGCCUUGACAUUGUGAGGGUGACGCAAGCACAAGCAGCUUGUGGGGCACAUUCCAGGUUACAACAACAGCAUAUCUCUGGCUAUAAAUUGAUUGCCCAUGAAAACUCUUCAACAACAGCAGUAAUGGCAGAGUCCAAGAAGGUCCCUGGUGACACUGAAGCGCAAAUGUCAGAUUCCGUAAGCAAAAAGGGUGGUUUGAUCACCUUAUUCUUCAUUGCAGGGACCCUGUCAGGGGUGAUGCUGUCUGGUUUUGGAUGGUUAGCAAACCUGAUUGUCUACCUGGUUGAGGAAUUCAAUGUGCCGAGCAUUAGUGCUACUCAAAUUUCCAACGUGGUUCAUGGUUGUAUGAACCUGAUUCCAAUCCUUGGAGCAAUCAUUUCUGACUCCUACUUGGGAACUUUUUCUGUUGUUGCAAUUUCUAGCUUUAUCUCUUCACUGGGGAUGAUUAUGCUAACUUUAACAGCAAAACUCAGCUCUUUGAAACCUCCACCGUGUGAAACUGGAUCAAGCUUGUGCCAAACUCCAUCAAAAGUACAACUUGCAAUCCUGUAUGUGAGUAUAGCUAUGGCAUCUGCAGGGUUGGGGGGAAGUCGGUAUACUCUAGCAACAAUGGGAGCAAAUCAACUUGAUAAGCCCAAAGACAAGGAAACUUUCUUCAAUUGGUUCUUUUUCACUAUUUUUGCAUCUUGCAUAAUAAGUUCCACAGCUAUUGUCUAUGUUGAGGAUAGCAUUAGCUGGGAGCUUGGAUAUGGCAUAUGUUUUGCUGCUAACUUCGUUGCUUUAGCCAUUUUCUUGGCUGGACAUCAAUUCUAUCGACGUGACAAGCCACGAGGCAGCCCAUUUACGGGUUUGCUUCGUGUUGUUGUUGCUGCUGUAUGGAAAAGGAAACUUGUGCUCUCAUCCAGGAGUGAAGAUUAUUACCAUGAACAUGAUGGUACAAACAAGGUCAUGCCUGCAACACCAAAACGGAGCUUCAGGUUCUUGAACCGAGCAGCGCUGAAAACUGAGGGAGACAUCUAUUCAGAUGGAUCAAUUGCAAGACCAUGGAAGCUAUGCACUUUACAACAAGUUGAAGAUCUCAAGACUCUAAUAAGACUUUUCCCAAUAUGGUCAAGUGGUAUAUUUCUUACCACUCCUAUAGCAAUCCAAUCCAGCAUAACAGUUAUCCAAGCUCUAUCAAUGGACCGUCACCUUGGCUCCAAUUUCAAAAUCCCUGCUGCAUCUAUUGUAGUGGUGGUCCUUAUAUCCUCAUCCAUCUUUGUCGCCCUGUUUGAUCGCUUCCUAUUUCCUACCUGGCAGAAGCUGAUUGGCCGUCCUCUGACACCGCUGCAGCGCAUAGGAGUAGGCCAUGUUAUUAAUGUGCUAAGCAUGGCAAUUUCAGCACUGGUGGAGUCAAAACGGCUCGAAACAGUCCAUGCUCACCACCUUGAGGCACAGCAUGGUGCCAUAGUGCCAAUGCUAGUCUGGUGGCUAUUUCCACAGCUUGUUGUGGUUGGCAUAGGAGAUGCAUUUCAUUUUCCAGGACAAGUUGCAUUGUAUUACCAAGAAUUCCCUGCCUCACUGCGAACCACAGCUACUGCUAUGGUUUCUUUAGUUGUCGGCAUUGCUUUCUAUGUCAGCACAGCUCUGGUCGAUCUAAUCAGGAACGUUACAGGAUGGUUGCCAGAAAACAUAAACAGUGGAAGGCUAGACAAUCUGUACUGGAUCUUAGUUACGGCUGGGGCGCUGAAUUUUAUCUACUUUUUAGUGUGUGCCAAGUUGUACAAGUAUCAAAACAUUGAAAAGGAAGUUGAUGCUACUUCCAGUUUUGAUAUAUAAUAAUACUGCAUGCUGAACAAAAAAAAGCUGGAAGAUCCUUUCCCCAAGCCAAACUGUUUGAAUUUAGGGAUGAAAAUGAUAAAUGUGGCUUAAGACUUGAAGUUUACAAUGUACCAAAAAUGGCUAUUGGCUUAUUCACCUCCUUUAACAAGUAUAUCAGAAAUUCAUCAAAUACCCUUCACUUUUUUAAGCGCAUUGCUCCAUACAAUUACAUUUUGAAUUGAUUCAAGUAAAUUUAUCUACAACAUCGAUUUAACGAAUUCAUUAUAAAUUGCUUUUUCAAGUCCUUUGGUAAAUUUGAACCUGGACAACAACAACGAAAAACACUCUCUUUAUCAUUUAUCACUUGAGCUAACCAUAUGUUAUCCGUGACAAUAUCCAUGUUUUAGUGAUGUUAAAUCUUCCAAAAGCAAAAAGUUUAUUUCAAUGAAAAGCACAAGGGUGAUAAACUGAUCAGAGUGUUUCCUAAUUCUGAAGAAAAGAUAAUGAUCUACACGCGUGUUGCAUCUCGAUCUUUUAUUUUCGACCACAAAACUGUAAGAGUGGUUCACUAUCUGAUUGUCAAAUGGAAACAGAAAGUAGUAGUAAGAGAGAAGGAUUUGAUGAAUCAUUUGCAGAACCACCAUUAGAGCCCAUUGCAUGUGGCUGGAAUCACUUAAAAUGCACUUUCUUAAUGCAUUCUGAUGCAAUGUAUUAUGAUAAAAUGCAUUCUCCACGGCUCAGUAUUGCCAGUGCUAUUUUCUGUAGUUAAACAGUUUCUGAUUCAUUGCAAACUACUAAUUGCUUCUUGAAGUCAUAAUGAGUUUUAGCGGAAAAAAUGCAAUUCAAAUAUGGUAGGACCUCAGGAAUUGACAGGAAAUCCAACUGCACCAUGAUCACCAUCGACCUUAUUAUCGGUUUGAAUAAAACAAUCCAUGCAAUCCUCUGUAUUGCAGAGAAAGCACUGCUGUUUCCUUGAGAUUUCCACAAUACUCCUAUCAAGUUUUUAUAUCUCUCGCAAAAUUUACAGGUCCAAGUACCCCUCGGCAUUGGAGGCAGCCUCAUGAAAAUAUGGACAUCCGUUGAAUCCGAAGUUUAAUUCAAUUGAUCAUGCAACCACUUCUAAAAAAUAACAUCCACCACGUCUAAAGUUUGAAUCUUAACACUUGCAAUCUUUUCCCUUACCUUCAUGCUACUGCAUCUUUGUGAAAAAAAUAUCGAGAUUCCAUUCUAUUAUCAGCAACCACAGCAUGCAGAUUUGAAGUUACUGACUUCCAGCGGUAUAAUUUUAUAUCUUUCCAACUUUUGCUACAGGUGAAUAGGAUCGUACUGUUGAGCAUGGAUACAGUUGACAGGUGCAGCCAUAACCAACAACUCUUCGAUCCAUCCCUCCCACGCCAAGAAGGAGAGAGAGAGAGAAAGUGUAAAACAGUUCUUUGAAUAUGGAAAAUCCAACUAUUAUAUAUUUAAACUCAGCCCCUCCAAAAUUCUCAUUGCUGCAAGUUCCGCUAUAUUCGAUAUUCACCUUCAUCAUGACUUAGCUCAAUGAUCGAGCACAAAGCAAGAUGCAGCAUGAGUAAUCUUCUCAAAAUAACCUCAAUGUAUUAAAUAGAGGAUUCUGUUCCAUUAGUUUAAAAAUUGGACAACCAAUAUGGUUCAUGCUUUGAACAAAAAUGUGAUCACCUGUUACUUCAUCAUUCAAAAAUGAAAUUAUCAUGCAGUUUCUAUGAAAUAGACAAGUUAAAAGUUGUGUAAUAAUUCUUUUCUACAAUUUUUCAUGUCACUCAAAGGAGGAUUUGUAAAAUAGUACCCCUUAUAAAGUUUAGCAUUCAAUGGAAUAUAGUUCUCAGGCAAGGAUCAAAGCCUGUUUCAGAGAAUGGAAAUUAAGCAAAUCACACGUGCAUAUACUUGAGACCAUUAAUUAAAAUUGUAAAGUAGGAAAAUAUCAACUUCUUUGUGAAAAUACAAUGGGUCAAAGAGAAGAGUCAAACAUGCAAAGGGAGGAAAUCAGUUGUGCAUAGCAAAAAGAAGCCUCAAUAGUCACUUAUUAACAAAGAUUUUGGCUAAAAGACAGCAAUUUUAGUUUCAAAGAAACCUGGUUCAGUGUAUCCCGAACUUUUAGCAGAUUUAACAACUUGGCUCAAUGGCUAGCCAUCUUCAACCUCACUCAUUACAUAACCCAACAUACCUGUCAAAAAGAAGUUUCUAUAUAGAAGGCAAAUCAAAAGUAAUAGACGACCAUGAACUAAGCUUGUCACUUGAAAUAAAGCUAAUAAAUAAUUACAUCGCGUGGAAAAAAUGACAAAAGCAAAACAGACCUGUUGAUUUUCCAAUAAGUGAUGCAAUGCCUAUGACUUUUGUUCUUGAUUUUGAAUUGGAUAACACUUGACACACACCUAUGUGUAAUAUGCAACAAAGAAGCAAAAGUAAUAUAGUAAAAAAAUAACUAAAGAAGCAGCUCUCGUCUGAUAAACAAGAAGAUUGAUACAAAAGAAUUUACCUACGCCAGUAAGUUUGGACAGAGAAGAAUCAUCUGAUUUGACCCUACAAACUUCAGUUAAAAUGUUAUCAUCUAACUCCUUUUGUUUAACAUCUGAAUGAAUUCGAAAAGGUUGGGCCAGGUCGAAAAUAACGGGCUUGUUUGUUUCAGCUUCUCACUUCCUUUCAGUUUUUCUUGGAAAAUUCAUGAAUUUGAUCAAAGGUCGUAUCGUUCUGCACUUCUUCAACGCGGGUUUCUGUUUUUAGGUGAUUCCGACAAAUGGGUUUUCUUUAGUUUUAGUUCUCAUGUUCAAUCCAUGGAGUUUCAGUUUUCAGCACUUUGCACGGUUUCUUCGCUGUUAUGGACACAAGUGAAGGCAUUUUUUUUUGGUUCAAUUCCUCGUUUCUCUUACAUUUUGUGUGAACACUUGUGUUCAUUUGUAUGCAUAGUUAUGUACAGAACAAUUUUCGAGACACUUGAUUGAGUUUAUGCCUUUCUGGUGAUUAGCUAUCUGAUGAUUUGUAAUUCCUGUAACAGGUAUGUUAGUUGUGAGCGUGUGCGAGCGCCGACUUUUUUUAUUAUGUUGCAUUGAAUUGCUUUUUCUCGGCUGCCAGAAAAACAAGUCCAGAUCGCUUCAAAAAGAAUAGAAUAUGCGACAGAUUGUGGCUUAUCUUGGAUGAUGAUAUUGAAUAGAUUUUUUUUCCCUCUCUCUGUUUAAUAUUUUCCUCUUCUGUAAGCUCGUUGUGUAACAUUAUACAUUGGAGGAAAUAUCAUUCAUGUAAAUAUUAGGCUUCAU